AUGGACAGCAAAAAAGCAACGAAAAGGAAAAGAAAUGAAGAUCUCUACUAUGAUAGCAGUGAUGAUGAUAGCAAAAGUGGUGGCGGUGCUGCUGGAGUAGGAGCAGAAGAAAAUGGCAUCACAAUCAGCAAAAAACGUUCCAAAUCUAGUAAGAAAAAAUUGAAAAAAUAUAUGCAUCAUUGGGAGACUCUAGAGACGAACUACAAGAAAUUGAUAUCACAAAUGGAAUUGAAAUUGAUUCAUUUUGAGAAGAAUGAGAUUUUUUUGAAGAAUCAUGUCAAUGAUUUAUCUGAUCAAUUGAUUAAUGACCAGAUUAGAUUGGCCUCUUUGUUUGGGAAAGUGAAACAAUUGAAAGAUCAGAAUUUUGACCUUGUCACUUUACAAGAUUUCUUGUUUAAUGAUAUCAGUAAUGAGAAUAGGAAAGUACGAAAUUUACAGCUUUUGCACGAGGCAUCAAUAACUAGUGAUGACGAUGAGAAUGACGAUGAGAAUGAUAAUCAAAUGCAUCAAACGAUGGUAAAAGAAGUAGGCAAUGCCGAAAGCAUCGAUUUAACAAAUGAAGUUUUCUCACCUGAAGCGGAGUCACAAAAUGCCACAGAUGUGACAGAUGUAACUGAAUCAGAAGAAGAAUCCGUCGACGAAACUUCAGCUAAGGAACAUCGUCGAAUAACAGCCGCAGAAGAUAAAAAGUUAAUAUUAUCCCUACGGACUAGAAUUGCUGAACUAGAAUCAAAACCAGAAGAAACAGAUAUCAACAUAAAGAACAAGCUAUUAGAAUUAAAACAAGAACUUCUUGAUAAAUUAAGAGAUUCUGAAUUUCAACAAGAAUCAUUACAAUCCACAUUGGAUGAAGUCAAUAAAUAUGAUGUUGUUAAAAAUCUCACUAUAAUGGAAGAAAAUCCACUAAUGAAAAGAGUCAGAAAUAAACUUACAUUAUUAAAUGAGGAAUUGCGUGAAAUAAGACUAGCAAGACAAACUGAUUUAGACAAUUUUAAACUAUUAAUAAAUAAAGAAAAGAAAACAUCACAUGAUUUGACUAAACAAUUAGAUGAUUCGGAAAAAUAUUUGAAGAAAUGUCAAGACUAUGUGGCCAAAUGUAACGUUAUCCUUGGCCAAUAUAAGACAACAAUUAAAGAGCAACAACAAAAAUUGGAUGCCAUGAAACAACAGCAAUCGCAGCAACAACAACAACAACAGCAGCAGCAGCAACAACAACAACAACAACAGUUACUGGAACAGAAUCAACUAGUUCAACUUCAGGAGCCUGAAAAGAUCCAAACUCCAGCAAAACAAGGAAUUGAAAUACUGCAAGGUAAUAAUCAGUUCUUACCACAGCCUGGGAACAAUCAACAAUUACCACAAACUCAAGUACCGCAUGUUGAUAUUCAAUCAAUACAAUCAAACAAGGGACUAUCACUACAGAAAGUAAACGAACUGCAAGAACAACAGCGACCCCAAACAAACCAGGUGCAGACAUUACCUACAUCAAUAUCCUCCAAUCAAACCCAAUCAGGCCAACAUGUUAUUCCAACAUUUCAACAAACUCAACAAACUCAACUUACUAAUAGACAACUCCCACAACAUACUGACUGGAUUCAUAAUAAUACUCCACCUGUACAACAACCCCAGCAACUACAUGGGGAUCAAACGCUGGAAAGUCAAGGAAUCAAACAAUCAAAUCUUCCCUACUCGGGGCAGAUACUUCUAUCCAAUGAUCCUAUUACAAUCAACACAGCGCAUUACUCAAAGGAAGAGUUAGGUGAAACUUUAUACCAGGUUAUUAACGGAUAUAGAACUGCUAUUCAGACCAAUCAGGCACAAGUAUACCAGAUUGAUGCCCUUAAGAAGGAAUUGGAAAUGACGCGAUACGGAUGGACCAUAAGUCAAGACACGAUUAAUAAGCAACGAGAAGAAAUCAUGGAUCUGAAACAAAGGACCCUCGAGCCAAAUAAUGAUGAAAUAAAGAAGCAAGUUGAAUUACUUAAGAAAAAGAUCACGCAUGAUAAUAAGAAAUUUAAGGAAAAUUAUAAACAUUUGCUUGUAAAGCAAAGUCUAGAAACAAUGAGAAAGAUUGAAUCGUUCAUCAAGUCGAAAUUAAUAUCAAACAUAGAAAAAAAGUUUCAAGUGUUUGAGGCCACGUCGAAUAAUAGAAAUCAACAAAAAUAUCGGAAAGCAUUGACAUUCCUCAAGUAUAAUAUUGAACAUAUUCAUGUUGUACAACUUCCGAAUAUACCGUCUCACAGCAUACCAGUCAUUACAAAUGCAAAUAUUGCAUCAUCAAGAUCGCUAUCGGAACCUCACUCCGCACAAGCACAUCCCCAAAAUUUGACUAACUCAACUUUACCUCCAGAUGUAAGUAAAAAUACUGAUUUAAAUGGGAGCGAAUUAAUAGGUCAACCCCAAGAUAACGAUGCGGUAAUAACAAUUCCAACGGAAGUACUGGCAAAAUGGACCCAGAAAGUGUCUCCGAAUAAAAAUAACGUUGAUCCUGCCACACCAUACAAUAAGGAUACUAUCGAUGGACACUCAUCUCAAGAUUCUAGGUUAAAGGGUAUUAGCGGUAGCGGUAAUAAAUCCAACCUAACAAAUGGAGCUUCUUUUUCUCUACAUACGCAGCAAAAUAACAACAAGCUUUCAACAACGUUUAAAGAUAGAGAUACAUUUAAUCUGUACAAUAACAAUUUGUCUAACCAUCAAAAUCCAUUCCAGCAAGUAAUAAAGAAAAGUUCGCAGUCUUCCGGUCGCCUGCAGCGCCUGCAUGAAUUCAAGCCACCAAAGCAGAACAAGAAUACUACUAAAGCAAGGUUCAUCCCUUUAACCGGGGAAAAGUUUAGAAAUAUAUCUUUGGAUAAUACGAGCAAGAAAGAUACCAGUAAGGACAGUACUUUACCUGGAAAUAAGCCAACAAGGACAACAUCGUUAUCAUUAUCGGAAAUCUUGAAUGAAGAUGAAAACAAAUCAAGAAACAAUGGUCAACAGCGCCCAAACGAAGACAUGGAAGAAAUAGUUCGACAUAAUCCCUCCAUCAUAAUGACACCUGAACCAAUCAAAGAGGAUCAAGGUGUAGAACCUACUGCUAAAUCGACUGAAUCAAAGUCUACUGAAAAUACAGGAAGCUCAUCAAAAGAUACACCCUCAACUGUAAAAGGGCAAGCUUUGGAAGAAAAUAAUCAACAAACAAAGACUGAUAAAAACACAUCUACUGAAAGAAUGAUUAAGCUCAACCCUUCUAUUAUAAUGACACCUGUGCCACACCAAAAAGAAUCAACACCAGGGUCUAAUGAUAAAGAACAUUCAUUAUAA